CGGAGGAGCCGUGAAACCGUCUGACACUGAUAUGAAUCAUCUCAAGAGCCCUGAGUGGCUGGACAGCAGCCCUCCACCCAAACGUCAGGAGGAACAGGAGGAGGAGGAAGAAGAAGAGGAGGAAGAUGAAGAGGAGAGGAGGGUGGGGGCAGGAUACCGGGCUAAACGAGAGCGCCGUCAAAUGAAUGGCAGUGCCACUAUGUGCCAGGUGUGCAACAUACAGCUAAACUCUAGUGCCCAGGCCCAGAUCCACUACAGGGGGAAGACACAUCAAAGGAGGCUGCGCCGACUUGCUAAGGCCAUCAGCACAGGUGCAUUGUCCCAGAGCCAGGUCCACCCGCUCCUGGGCUCCAUGCCUCUGCCAGGUCGACCCCUGCAGCCACAGACGCACACCCAGCUGGAGCACUUCCUGCCGCUCAGAGUCAAUGGCUCCUCACCUCUCAGCCUCUUCCCCAGUUUCAACACGAUGGACCCAGUGCAGAAAGCGGUGAUCAACCACACCUUUGGUGUGGCUCCACCCAAGAAGAAACCCAUCAUCUCCUGUAACAUAUGUCACCUGCGCUUCAACUCCACUACCCAGGCAGAGGCCCACUACAAAGGUCACAAGCAUGCUCGCAAGCUUAAAGCGUUGGAGACUCAGAGGAACAGGCAGAAGAAUGGACAGAGUCCAUCCACAACAGGAAAAGACAGAGACAAAGAGAGGGUGAUGAUGGGAGGAGGAGCAGUGCCAGCAGACUCAAAUCUGAAAGACAAAACAGGCCUGGGCACCUCUUCCCAACCUGUGCAGUAUCAACCAGAAAAUGACCAGGGGAGCUCGGUGGUAGCCACUCCAUCCUCACAGCCUUCAUCCAUGGACUCGUACUCCUCGCUCCGCUCUCCUCAACUAUCCCCACAAAUUUCUCCUGGCUCUCAGCUUUGUGAUCACUCAACCACCAGUUCAGCCCCACACUUUGACCCUCAGGGAAGCGCCACAGGAAGUGAGGAGAAGGUGGAAGAGGCUAAAGAGGCUAAGAACAACAAAAAACAACAUCUCCACUGUCCUACAUGCAAAGUGACGGUCAAUUCCAGUUCCCAGUUGGACGCUCAUUGUAGUGGCUCUAAGCACAAACAGAUGCUUGAUGGUCAGAACAGCAGCCGGUCACAGCGCAAGGUCAAGAUGAUAUCCCCCAGACCCACCUGUCGAAUUAAACAGCGAAUGGGCAGCAAGACAAGAGCAGUUGUUGGUGUAUCCAGCCAGCCCUUUCACUGUGAACUGUGCCAGGUGUCUGUCAACUCUGAGAUACAGCUGAAGCAGCACAUGAACAGCAGGAGACACAAAGAGCGCUUGGCUGGGAGGCCUGUCAAGACAAAGUUCACCCCCUAUAAUAAACUACAGCCCAGUGCUAUCUUAGCAACUAAACUGGCCCUGCAGAAGCAACUGUCCAAAGCCCUGCCAGCAGGGUUACUGACCAGCCCCCUCAGUCCAGCUACCUUGUGCACUAUGGCGUCUGGACCCCUGGCACUACGGCUGCUGCCAGGUCCGACAGCCAUCAUACAGGGUCCACUGAUCACCCCCACGCUCUUCAGGCCUGCACCAGGACCUCUGAGACCCACACAUACACCUAUUAUCUUUUCUCCAUACUAGCAAUGAGCCAGACUGGAGGACCUACAGUAGAAAGGACCUAACUCAGCCAAAGCUGGACAAAGCAGGGGACCCACUGAGUGACAACAGGACAUUAUGCAGUGACAGUGAGAGCAGCAUAUCAACAAGUUAAGUUUGGCAGGUUCAGGUCAUAAGAACAGUAUGCACAGUGCCCUGGUGUGGAUUGAGAUUUCAGCGCUGACUGAACAGUGUCAUGCCCUCUUAAAAAUGGAAGGACCAUUGCUCAGCUGUUUCGUCUCAACAAACUGUUGAGUGCAUGUUCCCAGGGGUAUGGACCCCUUUUCAAGCCAUAAUGAUAAACAUCUGUUAUUUUUAUUUAUAAGACUACAAUAUAAAAUACAAGAGGAUGUGUAAAUGUUACUGCUGUAAGUGUUUAUUGCCAAAAUUCUUUUAUUUAAGAGCUUUCUUGUACUCUGGGAAAACAAGUACAAACAGUUAUCCCUGCUUUGGUUUUCAAAAAGCAAAUCUAAAUGAUGAAAAUCCAGACUGUGUUAAUCUCCUUUAAAACUGACUACUUUCAUAUAAACAUCCUCUGCUUAUGAAAAUACAAAGAAAACCUGUAACUUUGCAUUCCUGAGGAUACUGCAUCUCAACAUGUUUAUGACUCUGCAGCCGUCAUCCAUCGUGGACGUGUUUUUAGGUUAGAUGAAUACAUUUUUUUCCAUCUUUCUCUCUUGCUGUCUACAGUAUGAGGUGACAAUCAACCACCAUGAUAUGAUGCCAAGAAUGCUAUGGAGACAGAUUACAUCUAGUGCUUACAAUAAGAUUGCUUAAUUUAAAGUUACAAAAUGUGAAACUUGUAUUUCGUAGACACAAGCCAUUAUGAUAAGCUCUUCAGGUGAUGUUAGAUAAACAGCUUGAUGCUGUUUGUGCAAUAUGAAGAGUCAGGCUGUGUGCUGUUAGCCAAAAUUUAAAUGAUGUAACAUAAGUUUUUAAAUGUGUCUUUGACAUUUUUCUUAAACCUGUUAUUUUUUAUAGAGCUAUAUUAAAAAGUAUGUGCUUUCAUUUUAGAAAUAUUUCCUCAUCUGAUUGUGCUAAAUCAUCUUAAGCAAUAUGUAUUUUUGAAAUGUCAUCUAGUAAAAUUUAUCAUUAUGUAACU